AUGACUGUGGACCUCUUCUUCCGGAAGCCGAGAACGGCACCCACCCAGGAGGCUGCUGGUAUUCCCUCUGGGCCGGCGAAAACACGAGACACUGAGGCCAGCAAGACCGAGGGGAAGGCUGCUGGUGACAGGACACGGGCGUUUCACCUGCGCCAGAGCCUGAGCCACCUGGAUAGGAUACACGAGGAAGAGGACCUGCUGACCCAGAAGACCCGAGAGGAGCUGCGUGCCUGUCGCCAGAGGAUGGAUCUUAUACGCAGACAUGAGGAGGCCGUGACAGCUGAGAUCGCCACGGAGAGAGCAGCCAACAACAUGGCAGCUGUGGGCCGUCUCCAAGCGGCCUCCAGACGCCUGUGCAUGGAGCUGGAGAACGAGCAAGAGCUGCAGCAGACGAUCAGGGCCACGUUGAAAGGCAGCGAGGUGCUGUGAUCACACUUACUUCUUUAAAAAAAAAA